GGAUUAACAUUGGUAAAAUACAUGCCGACAAAGUUUGUCCCAUUUUCCAUGUUCAAACACAACGUCGCUGCCGACGUUCACUUUUCCACUGAAAAUUAAUCAAAUUAAUGAACGCCAUUUGCAGGUAAAUUGAAAUCAUAUAUAACGUACAGAAAUCUGGCUUACUAUUUACAGAAUAAUUAAUUAUUUUUGGAGCAAAGACGGAAAAUCAUCACUCUCCGAAAAGUGGCAUCAAUAAAUGAAUAAUUAAAUGACUAUUUAUCCAAUUAAAUACGAGGGCCUUUUGAUGUUCAUUUGAGUUUAGAUCCAGAUCCAAUUUCAAUCUCUCAUACACAGCAUUUCCGAGCUUACUAUUUCAGGUCUUUCUGGCUCAUAAUAACUGGACAACAAUGUCUAGAAGGGUAAAUACUGCUCGUCGCUUUGCAGACAGUGGGAGCCUCCCUUUUAUGGGUUCAUUACAUCCCAAAUCACGCCCAUCUCCUUUAUUAUCAAUAGGGCUUGUGGUAGUGGGAGCACUGCUGAUAAUUGGUUACAUAUACCGUGGUUCAGGUGGAAGGAGUGGUGAUAUAGCAGCUUUAAAUAGACUCGAUGGUAACUUUAAUUUUCAAAACAAAAUACCAAAUCUGGAUUGCUUAUCAUAAUUGUCAUAUCAUGGUUUUUGCCAUCAAUAACUUUUUAUAUAGCUGCAUUUUGAAAUGAAGUUACAUCAUGGAAUGGAAACUUCUUCGUAUUAGUUUUUGAUAAUAGUCGCAGCACGUAUUAAAGUAAACCUCAUUCAACCUAUUUAAUUCUGAAGUUUCUUUUUCUUAAUUAAGAUUAGGAAACAUAUGCAGUUAGAAAGGGUUUAAUUUCUUUUGCAUAUAACGAUUAAACUGCAACACGGUGGCUUGGUCGUCGCAUUAGUGGUCGCUUUGAAGCAGGCAAUUUUUUUGUCCAUUGUUUGUAAGAAUGGUGAAAAUCUUUCGUGGCAAAUGUUCAUACUGGAAAUUUGCAAUUUUUUCGGAAGGACUUGAUAUCCCAAUUAUCUAAAUUUUCUUCAAACAAAUUUAUGCUUUUGUGGUUAAAAAAAAAAAUCUUAUUAAGUGCAU